UUCCGGCUCGGGUACCGGCAUUGUUUCACGGUGGAUGAGAAUUUAAUUUGCGCGACGAAGAGGGCGCCAGAGAACAAGGACGACCGCCGAGCGCUGGGGAAAAGCGGGACGGAGACGGGAAGAGGAAACAGAGGAUAGAAAGAAAGGGCUGUGUAUAACAGAGCAAAUGGUGAAGGUGGAGGUUCGGAUGGGUGCUGCCUUGUUUAAGCGUGGUAAAAUGGACGGGCCGGCGGUAUUAUCGAUGCCGCCGAUAACCGCGCCCCAAAAAUCAGCACAAUCGCCGCAGCCGCAGUCCCAUACGAAAUCCAAUCAGGUGGGCACCGUUUCACUCUACGGAAUUCACAUCGUCUCCUUGGUGAUCGAGGGCCAGGAAAGGCUCUGUUUGGCGCAGAUCAGCAACACGUUGCUGAAGCAGUUCAGCUACAACGAGAUUCACAAUCGCAGGGUGGCGUUGGGCAUAACCUGCGUGCAAUGCACCCCGGUCCAGUUGGAGAUCCUCCGUCGAGCUGGCGCCAUGCCCGUUUCCUCCAGAAGAUGCGGCAUGAUUACGCGAAGGGAAGCCGAGCGUCUCUGCAAAUCGUUCCUCGGCGACAAUGCGCCGCCCAGGUUGCCCGAAGAUUUCGCGUUUUCCGUGCACCACGAGUGCGCUUGGGGUUGCAGUGGCGCGUUCCUUCCCGCGCGCUACAACAGUUCGCGCGCCAAGUGCAUCAAAUGCGCCUAUUGCGGCCUGUUCUUCUCCCCGAACAAAUUCAUCUUCCACUCACACCGGACCGGCCCGUCGGAUAAAUAUGUGCAACCGGACGCGGCCAACUUCAAUUCAUGGCGACGCCACAUGAAACUGUCCGGCAAUCUGCCGGACGAAGUGGUGCACGCGUGGGAGGACGUGAAGGCUAUGUUCAACGGCGGUACCAGGAAACGAUUACUUAAUAAUCCGACUUCAAGGGAAUCACCGAGCCCGGCGAAACAACCGAGAUCAUCGCCCACGGCGCAGAUACCCACCCUCGCCCCAUCGCCCACGCAUCCCCGGGUGCCUCCAUUUCCAGAAUUGCCUUUGCCGUUGUCCAGAAGCCUGGUCAUGGACUACGUGUGGCACCAACAUCAACAGGCCGCUGCCGUCGCCGCAGCCAAAACGCCAGGAUUCCCGUUCUCGCCGUAUGCUCUUCCAUGGCUGGCUAAGAGGGGACCAGUAUUGUUUCCUGGACCUCUACCACCACCGAUAAGCGGUUCCAGUCCCACAGAACCCCUGAUACCAGCGGUGAAUCCAUCAUUGCAUCAGUCUGCCUUUCGUCCUGUAAUUCGUGGACCUCCGAUCGUCGAAUCAGUCUCUCAAGAACAACCAACGGAUGCCUCUAUGUCCAAUAAAGAGGAUAACUCCGACGAUGAAGUGGACAUUGAGACGACAGAAGACGAUCCAGUCACGCCUCUGAACAUCGCUGCACAGAAUCUUCAUGCGGUCUCAAACUCAACCACCAGCAGUCAUAGUGGUCGCAACUCGCCCCAAUGUUGGAGUCCUCCUCGAGAAACGGUGAGUUAA